CCUUCCAAACCCCUUCCACUUUCGCAAUGUCGGGUACAAUCAAGGUUCUGAACGUGGCGGAGAAGCCGUCGGUGGCGAAGUCGGUGUCUGGUAUCCUCUCAAGGAACCAAGGCCUGCGAGUGCGCGAUGGGCGGUCCCGCUUCAACAGGAUAUUCGAGUUCAAUUACUCGGUUCGGGGCCAACCCUGCCACAUGCUCUUCACCUCCGUCACGGGCCACUUAAUGGAGCUCGAAUUCGAAGACCGCUUCCGUAAGUGGCACUCCUGUGACCCUGCCGACCUCUACCACGCACCCGUUCGCAAACACGUUCCUGAGGAUAAGAUGGAUAUUAAGAGGACUUUGGAGGAGGAAGCUAGGAGGUGCCAGUGGUUGGUUCUGUGGCUUGAUUGUGACAGAGAAGGAGAAAACAUAGCAUUUGAGGUUAUUGAUGUUUGCAGAGCAGUGAAUUGCCAUCUGACAACACGAAGGGCACGAUUCUCUGCAUUAAUUGAGAGGGAAAUCCAUCAUGCGAUGCAGAAUCUUGUUGAUCCUAAUCAAUGGUUUUCUGAUGCAGUAGAUGCUAGGCAAGAAAUAGAUCUGCGAAUUGGUGCUUCCUUCACCAGAUUUCAGACUAUGAUGUUGAGAGAUAAGUUUGUUAUUGAUUCUGCUACAGAUGACAGAAAUCUUGUUCUAAGUUAUGGUCCUUGUCAGUUCCCUACACUCGGCUUUGUUGUAGAGAGGUAUUGGGAAGUACAGUCACAUGAGCCUGAAGAAUUUUGGACAAUCAACUGCUCUCAUAAAUUAGAUGAAGGUGUUGCUACCUUCAAUUGGAUGCGUGGACAUCUUUUUGAUCACACUUGUGUGGUUAUAAUUUAUGAAAUGUGUGUUCAGGAGCCAACUGCAACUGUUACCGCAGUUCGACAUCAGGAAAAGCGUAAGUAUCCUCCAUAUCCUUUGAGUACCAUUGAGCUUGAAAAGCGUGCUUCACGAUAUUUCCGUAUGAGUUCUGAACAUACGAUGAAGGUGGCAGAAGAUCUAUACCAAGCUGGUUUUAUCAGUUAUCCUCGUACAGAGACUGAUUGCUUUUCAAGCAGGACUGAUUUGCAUCUUCUUUUCUGGAAAUUAAAUCUCAUAGGGAUGCCUUGCUGGAUUUUGAAGGCAAUUGUGCAAGAACAACAGGAGCAUCCUGAGUGGGGUUCUUAUGCUCAGAGGUUAUUGGAUCCUAGGACAAGUCUCUGGAGAAACCCUAGCAGCGGUGGACAUGACGACAAGGCUCAUCCACCCAUUCACCCUACAAAAUUUUCUACUGGAGAACAUAACUGGAGUCAAGACCAUCGUAAAUUAUAUGACUUGGUAGUUCGCCAUUUCUUGGCUUGUGUUUCACAACCAGCUGUAGGAGCUGAAACCACAGUUGAAAUUGAUAUUGCAGGUGAACUAUUUUCUACAUCAGGAAGAGUAAUAUUAGAGAGAAAUUACUUAGAUGUUUACCGAUAUGAAUCAUGGGGAGGUUCAAUGAUUCCAACCUACACUCUUGGACAGCAGUUCAUCCCAACAUCGUUGACUCUUGACACAGGAGUCACUAGACCACCACCCCUUCUGAGUGAAGCUGAUUUACUAAGUUGUAUGGACAAGGCGGGCAUUGGUACGGAUGCAACAAUGCAUGAUCACAUUAAAAAGCUGCUAGAUCGAUUUUAUGCAACAAAGGACUCAAACACUCGUUUCUCGCCCACCAAACUUGGUGAGGCACUGGUUAUGGGAUAUGAUGACAUGGGGCAUGAACUUUGGAAGCCAAAUCUCAGAUCAAUGAUGGAGUUUGACAUGAAAGAGGUUAGUGUAGGCAAUAAGAGAAAAGAUGAAGUUUUAGCCACUUGCUUGCAGCAGAUGAAAGCUUGCUUCUUAGAUGCAAGAUUGAAUAAAGUGAAAUUAUUAGAGGCUCUGGCAGUUUUCUUCGAGAGAUCAAAUCAAGCUGCUGGGGACGACAACCAUGCAGCUGGAGAAGUGGUUAGGCAGUGUGGACUUUGCCGAGAAUCUUCUAUGGUGCUGAAGAAAAACCGUGAUGGCAACUUCAUGGUUGGAUGCUUGGGUUUUCCGCAGUGUAGGAAUGCUAUUUGGCUCCCUGGAUCUGUAUUGGAAGCAGCAGUAACCAGUAAUAUUUGUGGCUCCUGCAAUCCAGGUCCUGUUUACUUGAUUCAAUUUAAGUUUCGCCAGCUUGAAAUACCACCUGGCUUCAAUGCCAACCAUCUGGGUUGCAUUGGCGGCUGUGAUGAUACACUUAGACAACUGAUAGAAAUAUGUGGAACAGGUUCUCGCAUGUCAGCACGAGGUAGAGGACCCACUACAACGUCCAGCAAUGUCCAGAGAAGUAGCAGCAGACAGGGUGCUUGCUUAUACUGUCAGCAAACAGGCCAUUUUUCAAAUGAUUGCCCUUCACAGUUUUCAGGUUCACGAAAUUCUAGAUCUCGUACAAACUCACAAAAUGGGGAACCUUCAGUACCGUGUAGCACAUGUGGUACACCGUGUGUAUUACGAACUGCUAAUACAGCAAAUAACAGGGGAAGAAAGUUCUACUCAUGUCCAUCACAGGAUUGCAACUUCUUCAUAUGGGAGGAUGACCACAAUAACGGGAGUGGAGGAAGAAGCAUUCCCCGUGCGGGCAUCAACGGUUCAGCAUCUAAUUCCAGCAGGGGAGGUGGUGGGCGUGGUCGAUUCGGCCAAAAUGGAGCGCGUGCUGCUGACGUGACAUUCGUGUCAGCAACCGGGGAUCCCAUAUCCGGCAGAAGGUGUUACGUUUGUGGUGAUCCAUCACACUUCGCAAAUGUCUGCCCAAAUCGUGGCAUGUAAUUCCCUUCCAAAUGCUGUGUCUGUUCGGUCCCUCAUCACCUCUAUUACAUUCGUCUACAGAUUCAUAUGCGAAUAAAAGUUCUAAAAAAACAUUUAAAAUUCU